AUGAACAUAGAAGCCGCGAAAUUUGCGGAAGAGCUGUGGACAGCGCAUGAACUUACAUCAGGCGUCAUGAAGGCAACCCAUGAUGAGAUACCAAUGGAAUUGUCGUCAUGGAAGGGCUGUCAUCCAGUCCGUUUCUUCAAAGGAAGAGAAAUCUUCGGCCUGCCUGCUUUUGCAGAAGCCCUGUGUCGUCUCAUUUUUGGUCGUCUGCUGAUCUAUGGGAACAGCCUGCAGCAGCUGCUCGCGCCCCACGCCAAAGUGAUCUGGCUCCUCAACUACGUUUGUGGAGUUCUGCAGUACGACCGUUCGGCCACGGUGGACCCGCAGCGGAAUCCUCGCGCGGAAUGGCGCGGCACGUGCUGGCAGAAGCUCCUCGAGGCGGUGCAAGGCGAGGAGGAGUUCACGUGUACCGUGCCUCCGGAGCUGCAAGAUUUCUCCAAAAGCAUCGAGCUCACGGACGAUGGCACUGCCAGCCGAAGCCGCGGCUCAGGGGCCUACAGGGGCUUGAAGAGAGGUGUCACCGCUGUCUCCAUGGUGUCACGAGAAGCACCAUCCACACCGGACGUCGAGACUGAUGAGGAGGCCGAGGCCGCCGCAACCAGCGACGUCGGGGCAACGCCCAAGGUGAAGCUGCCCCCAGUGUUCGAAGACGCAUCGGGGACUGAGAGAUGGCUCCUGGCGCGUCUGCUGCGCAGCUCCGUGGAUUUGAGCUACAACUACAAGAAGCGGGAGAAGAAGGCGUCCAAGAGGGGCAGCAAGAUCUGA